AUGGAUCCCAGCGAGUAUCCUACAAAUGUAAUAUCUUUUAAUGAUUUUUCCUCAAUUAAUUAUGAAUACUUCGAGUCCAAUAGCACUUCUUUGGGACUUGCCAGGAAACAUCUCCAAAGCCUUGAAGCAGGAUGGAGGCAAGAUGGGAGAUUGGUGCACCACGAUCCUUAUCGGGAAGGCGUCUGGUUAUUUUACAAUGGUAACGCUGCCGCCGUCUCUCCCACGAAAGACCCCGAUACCAACAGUUCGUCCGUGGACAUCCAAGCCCUAGGGCUUCUUCAACGGGACAAGGGGGUCUACGAGCCAGCAAGUCUCGCCCGGAGCAAGCAGAUCUUGGGAGGCUCCAUGAAUGCUGGUAGCGCUAGCUCGUCUCCAUCUUCAUCACUGGAGAACGCUUUUCGGAAUGCUCAAGCCCUCAAUGCGAAGGCUAUGCAGGCCAAUGCAAGCCUGAGUGUGAUGCAAGAGCCGCCAACUCCAUCACCUGGUGUCAAGGCAGAGUUCACGACAUCUGCAAAGGAUAUACAUGAAUACUUCAUCUCUGCAGUCCUCAGCUCGAUAGUCUACUUUCUCUGCCAUGACCACAACUUUAUACCCUUGAAUUCGAGGACUCUGAUACUGGCAUCGUCAAGAUCUACCGGGUCGAGUGCUAAAUCUGGCCAUGAGAUAGAACUUGCUACACUAGACAUUAGCCUCACCUCAUUGGGAGUGCUUGUUCUAAAGGCACAUUCUGAUAAGGCACCUGGGUUGCAGACUCUGAGGGAUGUCUUCAGUCCAUCCAGUACGACGUGCGGACUUUCUCCCGGCGCGCCAUUGUGGCUUGCGCCCAGUGGAAGUGCAGCCAAGUUCUACUGUAUACCGGAUGACAACAAACUCCCAGGAACACUGUCCAUUGGUCAGCUUCAGGGCAGCUUGCUCGAAUCACGACCAAAUGGUAGCAUCAAUCCUCUCACCAUCAGAUCGUGGCAGGCGAAAUGUUUAGCAUGGUUGUCCGCUAAGGGGCUGGACUCUGCUGCCCUUGAAGCUGGUGGUUGGCUCUAUGUUCAGAUUCUUGGUGGCUACCUACCAUACUCCAAUUCCGAUCCACAAGGUCUACCACUUCUGGAGGAAUUGGCUAUCGUACCUUGGCCAGCACGUUUAUGUUUCCAAACAUCAAGCUCAUCAGGAGCUCGCGAUUCGCAGAUGACACAUUCACUCACUUCUUGUCGAGAUCCUCUUUCGUUUGCAGAAGAUUGGUUCACCUCCAAGGAUGAGAGAGCUGCUAUUGUUUCUAAGCGAGCAAAAGAAAGGCAGAUCGCCGAUACACUUUCCAAAGAGCAGGCUGAUGUGGAAGCUCGUGCAUUGCAGGCUCAUAGCUAUUCUCCGGCUGCCUUACGAAGGGCCAGCAAUGCAGGUGCUAUGUAUCCCACUCCCCCAGACGCACCUCAACACCCAGUUGGGGCGACCCCGUCUUUUGACGGUAAUGUAUCAACGCCAGGCAAUCCGAAUCACUUGAUUGCGCACGAAGCAGGUGGCACUGUUCCUCCAAACCCCACGGUGGUGGAGGCGGAUACGGAUAUGUGGGGGGCGUCUGCAAAGAAAGAUCGGAUGAACUCCACGGCGCAUUACAACGAGAAUGACAACGACAACGAACAUGACAAUGAUAACGAUAAUCUUUUUGGUGACCUUGGGGGAGACAUGUUUGGGACGCACAUAACAGAUGAUGACUUUAAUUUCUUCGAUGAGCCUGAUGUGGACGAGUUUGACAUCAAACAGCCAUCGUCGGCUCCCGUAUCGACCACCCAAGAGUCGGCUGCCAUUGCUCAUAUCCCUGAACCUACGAUGCCAGUUGCAGCGGCUGAUGAGAAUCAUAGCUCAGAAGUCGACGCCACAGAUAGUCUCGACAACAAGGAAGUUCCAGGGCCAGUCACGGUAGAUGUUGCUACUGUUGUACCAACUAGUUUGACAGCUGAAUCUGCUCAGACCAAAGCCGAAGGUACACAGCCUACCCAACCAAUUGUCAACCUUCCAUUCAACAAGGAGAUCAUCUUCCAGAAACUCGUUCAACAAUCGGUGAUGUCAAAGGUGACAAAGCAACCUAGGCGUGCCAGUCUCUUUCAGCAAAUCGAUUUUGUGGACUCACUACGGUCUGUAAAUGAGAAAUACGGUUCACAUGGCCAGUUCGACUUUUCCCGCGAAAGAAAUAAACCAAAAUCUGGUGAGAUAUCUGCGUUACCACAGACACAGUACCUUACAAGUCGACGCAAGGCACAUGAGGGAUCACUCGAGAUUGGGAAUAUAGCUCGGCUGCUAGGCGAGAAGGCUUUGGAUAGCCAAACAAAACUGGUAGAAGACCCGAUGGAUUAUUUAAUGACUUCAAAUGGUGGGAGUCCCGUUUCGGAACAGGACGAUAGUAGUCAUACUACAGACGAAGCUCUGGUUGGGUCGAAGUAUGGGGUCAAGCGGAAAUGGGAGGCUGACGAAGAAGACGAUAUCGCCUCGACUUUUGACACUUUAGCUAUGGAAUUUGAGCAGUCAGUGGGCACCCCUCAAUCUAUCAGUGGCUCUCAACUGCCGCUUCUCGAUGCAGAUCCAGCAGAUUGGGCUUUGACAACGUAUUUCACUUCACUCGAGCCAGAUACUGAGCCAAAUACGCUUUCAGAUCUGGAAAAAAUUGCAACUGCGCAAAUUCUUGCAGACCAAGCUGUUUCCGGCACAUUUCAUCUCCCUGGUUUGAAUGGAAGCGAUGCCUCCUCGUUAUGGGGUAGGUCUGCUGGAACGAAAGUACUACUAAGUAAGCUUUCAAAGGCUGCAAGUUCAUGUCUCAAAGAUGGGACUAUUUGCUCCAUGCGCGCUUUUCUAGACAUUCAAGGGAUACCUAUACUAUCACAAGCGCUCCGCUUGCCCCCUCGGCCUAUGCCGAAUCCUAGGGGGCCAAAUGGCCUAGACACAAGACAGAACAAUCCGUUCUUGAUCAUCCCUCCGCAGAUCGUAGUCCGGAGAUCAGAGUCGAAGCUGUCGAUCCUUCCCUCCUCCGUACCAUUUUGGGAGAACCUGGGCCUAGGGCCCUCGAAAGGCACCAAAGAUAUUGACGCUGUUUGCGUCUAUCCGAAUCUCGAAGGGGUAACUGCGUAUGCCAGUACUUUUCUUGACCAGAUGAGAAGUGUAUAUGAGUCCUCCAGAUUCGGCAGCCAUGAUCGAGUAGACUCCGAAGAUAUCGGCAGCGGUCUUCUGCCGUUUGCGGUGGACAUAACAUCGUCCAACAAAAUGCACCACUUGACCACCCUCAAGGAGACCGCUGCCCGGCUGAGUAGGACGCUUUCUGCCUUGCAGGUCGGCGAGCGGAAUUUCGUUGUGUAUUUUGUGUACCCAGUAGACAACAGUGUACUUCUUGUUCACAUUUGCUCUGCAUUUCAGCAUCUAUUCAAUCUCUACAGGAAGGCUCUUUCCGAGAGAAGGGCAACCACAGCAAAUGAAUUGGUGUUGCAGCUCAUUCCGAUCGAUUUCAUCGCAUCCCCCACUUCGCUCGCAAUCCCGACGCCUUCGGAGUAUUUUAGACUGUCAAUGGAGGUAUAUGACCGUUGCAUAGACUUCACUUCUCCGUCAUCCUCACCUGCCAUCAUGCUAGAGCAGCCACUCCCCAGGACAAUAGACUUCAAACUAAGUGCGAAUCCUUCUGCAUCUUUACUCCAGGAGAAUACAUGCCUUCACGUCGCAUAUGCACAGAGCAUUGAUGAUCGAUGGAUCACUGCUGCGUGGACAGAUAACAAAGGGACGCGGCAGAUGACUGCUUCAUACUGUCUAGGCCGCAAAAAUGAGCCGAUCUCCACACCGUUUACCGAAGUUGCAAAUGAGAUUUGGGAAACAACAUUGCAGGUUGUAGCGAGCAAAAAGAUACACUGGCGCAUCAUCAUUGCUAGAGUUGGAGUUAUGGAUUCAUCCGAAUUCGACUUUUGGACGGGCCUCGUCUCAAAGGAGUUGAAUGCUCAAAUAAGCCUCACGCUUGUGACCGUCCAAACCGAUCCCUCCCUAAGAUUGCUACCGGCUUUUGUCACAUUGACGCCAAAUGUCAAUGGUGCCCAAUCGGGCGUUACUCCAGUAUCUACUCCCCAGCCUUCACAGUCGUCGAUUCUGUCGCCUGAAAAUGCACCAACGCCAGUUCGUGAAACCAAUACUGCUGCGACUGCAGAAGCGUCAGUCGAACCUGAUCAAGACGCUCGGCUGAUCGACUACACCGAUCAGACCUGGGGCGCAGUACUAUCGCAUCGAUUGAACAACUCGAAUUCGCUGAUGGACACCAAUCCUGCCCUCAUCAGUGGAUAUCUAAUAAAACGUGGCGGAACGAAUGCUGCUGAUCCUCCCGUGGUUAUGGAGGUCAACAUUGUGCAUAGUGAGGUUGUUGGAAACCCGAGAACAUUUCAUGAGUCACUAUUACGGGAAACUCUGGGGUACUAUAGGGGCCUAGGAACUCUUGCAAGGGCAAGAGGUGUUGUUGAUGCUGUUCUGGAUAUAAGGCCAUGGCACAUUGCUGCAGCCGAGAAAGCCGUCAAAACUUUGUACAUGUUGAUGUGA